AUGAAGGGUGACACCAGACACCUCAAUGAAGAAGAGGGCCGUAGUGGGAGGGAAGACUCCAUCAAUGGGGCCUGCAGCGACCAAUCCUCGGAUUCCAAGGAUGCCCCCUCGCCCCCUAUCCUAGAGGCUAUCCGCACCCCGGAGAUCAGAGGCCGCAGAUCAAGUUCACGACUAUCUAAGAGGGAGGUCUCCAGUCUGCUGAGUUACACCCAGGAUCUGACGGGUGAUGGGGAUGGUGAGGAUGAAGAUGGGUCUGACACUCCAGUGAUGCCAAAACUCUUCCGAGAGACCAGGACACGAUCUGAAAGUCCAGCGGUCCGAACCCGAAAUAACAAUGCCUCCAGUCAGGAGAGGUACAGGCCCUCUCCACGUUUCACCCGAGGCCGCCAGGGCCGCAAUCCUGUUGAUGAGUCCCCCGUGGAGUUCCCAGCUACCAGGUCUCUGAGACGACGGGCAGCAGCAUCAGCAGGCACACCAUGGCCCUCCCCUGCCAGCCCUUAUCCCACCAUCGACCUCACAGAUGAUGAUGUCACACCCCAAAGCAGCAGUACCCCCUAUACUGGGAUAGGACAAGACAGCAAGCAGGAAAACCUGGAGUCCUCACAGAUGGAUGCAGAGAGCCAUGAUGCUGAGAGCGAGUAUCAGGAUGGAAAGGAGUUUGGAAUAGGGGACCUUGUGUGGGGAAAGAUCAAGGGCUUCUCCUGGUGGCCUGCCAUGGUGGUAUCCUGGAAGGACACUUCCAAGCGCCAGGCCAUGUCAGGCAUGCGAUGGGUCCAAUGGUUUGGUGAUGGCAAGUUCUCCGAGAUCGCUGCAGACAAACUGGUUGCUCUAGGGCAGUUCAGCCAGCACUUCAACCUGACCACCUUCAAUAAACUGGUUUCUUACAAGAAGGCCAUGUACCAUACCCUGGAGAAAGCCAGGAUACGUGCUGGCAAGACCUUCCCUAGCAGCCCUGGAGACUCACUGGAGGACCAGCUGAAGCCCAUGUUGGAGUGGGCCCAUGGGGGCUUCAAGCCCACUGGGAUCGAAGGCUUGAAACCCAACAAGCAACCAGAGAAUAAGAGUCGAAGGCGCACAGCUGAUGAGUCCGCCACUUCUGACUAUUGCCCCCCACCCAAGCGCCUCAAGACCAAUUGUUAUAACAACGGCAAAGACCGUGGGGAGGAUGAUCAAAGUCGAGAACAAAUGGCUUCUGAUGUCACAAACAACAAGGGCAAUCUGGAAGAACGCUGUCUAUCCUGUGGUAGAAAAAAUCCUGCGUCAUUUCACCCACUUUUUGAGGGUGGACUCUGCCACACAUGUCGAGAGCGCUUCCUCGAGUUGUUUUACAUGUAUGACGAUGAUGGCUAUCAGUCCUAUUGCACCGUGUGCUGUGAGGGCCGAGAGCUGCUUCUGUGCAGCAACACGAGCUGCUGCCGGUGCUUCUGUGUGGAAUGUCUGGAGGUGCUGGUUGGCCCUGGCACAGCUGCAGAGGCCAAGCUUCAGGAGCCCUGGAGUUGCUACAUGUGUGUCCCACAGCGCUGCCAUGGGGUGCUCCGACGCCGCAAGGACUGGAAUGUGCGCCUAAAUACCUUCUUCACGACAGAUCCAGAGUUUGAUUUUGAACCACCUAAGUUAUACCCUGCGAUUCCUGCAGCUCGUAGGCGGCCCAUUAGAGUGCUGUCACUGUUCGAUGGAAUUGCCACAGGGUAUUUGGUCCUCAAAGAUUUGGGUAUUAAGGUGGACAGGUAUGUCGCUUCUGAAGUCUGUCAAGAGUCUAUUGCUGUGGGAACUGUUAAGCAUGGAGGGAAUAUAAAAUAUGUGAAUGAUGUCCGGAGAAUCUCAAAGCAAAAUAUUGAUGAGUGGGGUCCCUUUGACUUGGUGAUUGGUGGAAGCCCAUGCAAUGACCUCUCAAAUGUGAAUCCAGCAAGGAAAGGGCUAUAUGAGGGCACUGGCCGUCUCUUCUUUGAGUUCUACCAUCUGCUGAAUUACUCUCGCCCUAAGGAGGGUGAUAACCGGCCCUUCUUCUGGAUGUUUGAGAAUGUUGUAGCCAUGAAGGUUGAUGACAGGAAGGACAUCUCACGGUUCCUGGCGUGUAAUCCAGUGAUGAUUGAUGCCAUCAAAGUUUCUGCUGCUCACAGGGCCAGAUACUUCUGGGGAAACCUACCUGGGAUGAACAGGCCUGUGAUAGCAUCAAAGAAUGAUAAACUCGAGCUGCAGGACUGCUUGGAGUUCAGUAGGACAGCAAAGUUAAAGAAAGUACAGACAAUAACCACCAAGUCGAACUCGAUCAGACAGGGGAAAAACCAACUUUUCCCUGUUGUCAUGAAUGGCAAAGAAGAUGUUUUGUGGUGCACUGAGCUCGAAAGGAUCUUCGGCUUUCCUGUACACUACACGGACGUGUGCAACAUGGGCCGUAGUGCCCGCCAGAAGCUGCUCGGGAGGUCCUGGAGUGUGCCUGUCAUCCGACACCUCUUCGCCCCCCUGAAGGACUACUUUGCCUGUGAAUAAUUCUACCCAGGCCUGCUGAGAACUGGGGUAUCAGGGGCAGGGCCAGGGCCCAGGAGGUGCUCAGAUUCAUGAUGCUGAUUUCCCCUAGCUCUGCCCUUCCUCAGCUCAGCUGAGCUGUGUGGGGUCUCACUGUACCUCAGCUCUCUCCUGCUCAGUGGGAGCAGAGCCACUUGACCCUCUCUGACAAAGAGAAACCCCAAGGUGCCACCUCCUGUGCACAACUCAGACCUGCCCGCUCAGAGCGGUCAAACAUGGUGCUCAUUUGUCCUUUCCUAAAAUUUCAAAAACUUGAAAUAGGUAGUAAGAUGGCCUCCCCCAUCCCUUUUUCCCUGGGUUUCCCAUUAAGAUAACCAAAAUCACAGUGCUGUCAGGUAGCUCUCCAACACUCAGGUUAAUGCUGCAGAAUCACCCAAGACAGUCAUUAUUGUAAUAAGAUUUAAUUUUUUUUCAAUGUCUGCGGUUUCCUGUUUACUGGAGCUUGCAGUUGUAGACAUGUAGCCAUUUUUCAGGGCCUAGGAUGUUUUUUGUUUUUUUUUUUUCUAGGGAUAGCAGAAGAGGAUAUCUUGCUGUAUAUGUCUUGGAUUUUACCCAGCCUCUUCCCCUUGCCUUGGUGCAAGGGCCACAUUUUCCCUUCAUGGUGAUGAUUUCAGCAGGCAUGAUGUCAUCACUGUCAAUUCAGGGCUAUUUUCCCCCAACCCAUGUGUUCACCUCAGCGAAAUCCCUCCAUGUACCUGCGAACCCUCUGGGGAGCUCAGGAAGGAAUGGACCGAGCUAGUAUAGCUGCCAUAUAUGUAUAUGGAUAAGUUGAGUUUAUUAGUCUCUUCUUUUCCCUAUGUGAGGGCUUUGGAGGAGAUAGCUUAGAUAAGAUCCCCCUUCUCUCUCUUCCCUCCCCCACUCCCCCAGUCCUUUCCCUUCCCUUUCAAAAGAUGUACUCUCAGCAGGCAUGGAUCCCCAGAUCCUCAUUCUUUGAUAGCCAGGGGCAGAAAGCACAUUUCCACCUUUCCCCUCAUCUAAGAGAUGGCAGGGGAGCUGUAAUAAGAUAAGAGCUUUUGAUUCUCCAAGAUUUUAAAAUCCCUUUUUAUUCUACAAUAUAUCGUCUUUUUACAGGCCCGAGAGAGGUGGACAAGCUGCAUUUCAGAAAUGCUGCCAUUAUGGUUUUUAACACCUUUUUACACUUACUGGUGCUAUUUUGUAGAAUAAGAACGACCGUGACAAAUUUUGUGGGGCUUUUUAUACACUUUUUUUUUUUUUUUUAAAUCUCAGACUUCUAUUUUUUGUUUUUAACAUUUUCUUUAAAAUCUUUUUGUAACUGGAGUCAUAUAAAAGUAUGGGGAAAAAACUGUGCCUUGUUUCAACAGUUUUUUGCUGACUUUUAGGCCAAAAGAUAACGGAUGCCUGGAGUUUACCUUAUUCUGCCUAAUUAAAAU